UUAACAUUCACAUCAUAAUUACUACUAUCUCAAAUAUUACACACUACGCUUUUCUCUCUCUCUCUCUCUCUCUCUCUGAUCUCUCUCACUCAACAUAUUCGUAGCAUAUCUUUAAACUCAGAAUUCAAUUUCAGUUUCCAUUAGGACAGGAAUAAAACGAAGCAGAAGAAUAAACAGAAACGGAGUGAAUUCGAAAUCAGUUUAUAUUUUUCGAAAACUCUUAGCUCGUAUCCGAAUCGAGUCACUUCAAAUUCGGUGCCCGCCAGCUGCCUAGAUCAAACUCCUUCUCUCGUAAAUGCUCGGUUUGGACUCGAUCUAGAUCGAGUUCUUCAUACACUGAUAUUGUGGGAGGAUUUACAUGAAGAACGGGAUGAUAGAAUGCCAUGUUUGCCAUUCCAAAUUGGUCUCCCCUUCUACCAAGACUAUAUCAAGGGCUUAUGAUCGCCACAAAAGUAGGCUAUCACACAAGCAGCGCGCUCUCAAUGUGUUUUUGGUUGUUGGUGACUGCAUUCUAGUUGGAUUACAGCCUAUUCUUGUUUAUAUGUCCAAGGUGGAUGGGAAAUUCAAUUUUAGCCCAAUUAGCGUUAAUUUUUUGACAGAGGUCGCAAAGGUUUUCUUUGCUGUUGUUAUGCUUUUAUUCCAGGCUAAGCAUCAGAAGGUUGGGGAGAAGCCUCUUCUAUCAAUUUCUACAUUUAUGCAGGCGGCUCGUAACAAUGUUCUUCUUGCUGUUCCUGCUCUUCUGUAUGCUAUAAACAACUAUCUGAAGUUUAUCAUGCAGCUUUAUUUCAACCCUGCUACUGUAAAGAUGCUAAGCAAUUUGAAGGUUUUAGUAAUAGCAGUUUUGUUAAAGGUGAUUAUGAAGCGCCGGUUUUCCAUUAUUCAGUGGGAAGCUCUUGCUCUAUUGCUAAUUGGUAUCAGCGUUAAUCAAUUACGAUCUUUACCCGAAGGAACCACAGCCAUGGGUCUUCCUGUCACCAUGGGUGCAUAUCUUUAUACAUUGAUCUUUGUAAGUUUUGUUUGCUACUUAUGCAGUCAGUUAAGUUCAAAGUUCAAUUUCUUUUCAUCAUGCAGCUACUGAUUAUCUACUUUUGAUUUACAGAACUUAUUUUUGUAUGGAUACGGAGCUAUAUUCAAUUUUCUUGGGAUAAUUGGUACUGCUAUAAUCAAAGGUCCUAGCAGCUUUGAUAUCCUACAAGGUCAUUCAAAAGCCACUAUGCUGUUGGUAGCAAACAAUGCUGCCCAAGGGAUUCUAUCCUCUUUCUUCUUCAAAUAUGCAGAUACAAUUUUGAAGAAGUACUCAUCAACAGUUGCAACAAUCUUUACGGGCAUAGCCUCUGCUGCACUCUUUGGACAUACUUUAACAAUGAACUUCAUUAUAGGCAUUUCUAUUGUAUUCAUCUCAAUGCACCAGUUCUUUUCACCACUUUCAAAAGUCAGAGAUGAACAGAAUGGUGUGCUGGAGCUGCAUGACGUUCAUGACAAACAAAGAUGUGGUGCACUCUUUAUAAAGUCCUAAGCAUAAGAAUUAAUUUUGACUUUUGCGAUAGCUUUGCAUGGAAGGGAUUUUUCUACUUGGUUCAUAAGGCCAUGAAUUCUUUACUACAGGAGUCUGCAUGUUAGCAAGCUACAACUUUCAGCCGCUGAAAGCUGAAGAUUUUGA